AUGAAAAUCAGUUCUCAGAAGAACGCAUACGUUCCUCCUCAUCUCCGUAACUCUGGUGGUGGUGGUGGUGGUGGCGGCGGCGGCGGCGGCGGCGGCGGCGGCGGUUACAACCGCAAUCAAGAGAGCAAGGACUCCCGCGGCGGCGGCGGUGGCUGGGGUGGUGGUGGUGGUGGUGGUGGUGGCUACAACAAUGACCGCGGCGGUGGUCGCCAGGGUGGAGGUUAUUGUUACGGCGAUCGUAGUUACGGUUAUGGAAACGAUCGUGGUUACGGUGGCCGAUCAGGAGGCUACGACAACCGCGGAUACGGUGGUGGUGGCGACAACCGAGGAUACGGCAGUGGUGGCAACCGCAGCUAUGGCGGCGGUGGUGGUCGUGGGGGAGGGUCCACCAAAGAGUGGUCGCAUGUCGAGAAGCGCAAUGACGCUACCGAACUCGCUCUCUUCGGAGUGCCCACUACAGGAAUCAAUUUCGACAAUUACGAUGACAUCCCCGUCGAAGCCACCGGCAACGACCCCCCCGAGGGUAUCAAGUCUUUCGAAGAGGGAGGUCUUGAAGAAGUCAUCCUCGAGAAUGUGCUCAUGGCACGCUACACCAAACCAACACCCGUGCAAAAGCACUCUAUUCCCAUUGUCUGUGGUGGACGUGAUCUGAUGGCGUGUGCCCAGACAGGUUCAGGAAAGACCGCAGCGUUCUUGGUCCCUACACUAUCCAACAUCUGGAAGUCCGGCCCCGCCCCCGCCGAUGCCGGCCAGGGUGGCAACUACUCGCGCAGACCCAGACAGUUCCCCUCCGCUUUGGUCCUCUCCCCAACCCGUGAAUUGGCGUCUCAGAUCUUUGAGGAGUCGAAGAAGUUCUCCUACCGAACUCAGAUGCGAUGCUGUGUCGUCUACGGAGGAGCCGAUGUGGGCCAGCAAAUGCGUGAGCUGGAUCGCGGGUGCCAUGUGAUUGUGGCCACCCCCGGUCGUUUGGUCGAUAUGAUUGAACGUGGCAAGAUUGCUCUGGACUACUGUCGCUUCUUGAUUCUGGAUGAGGCCGAUCGCAUGUUGGAUAUGGGUUUUGAGCCCCAAAUUCGUCGUAUCGUCGAGUGCGAGGGUAUGCCCGGCAAGCAAGAUCGUCAGACACUGAUGUUCAGCGCUACCUUUCCCAAGGAGAUCCAGAUGCUUGCACGUGAUUUCCUUGAAGAUUACAUCUAUCUGGUUGUCGGACGUGUUGGUUCCACUUCCGAAAACAUCACACAGCGUAUGCACUUCCUCAUGGAGCAAGACAAGCGUGACACCCUCCUCGAUCUGCUUGCCACAGAGGCUGAUCAGGGCGAACUCGGCCUCACCCUUGUGUUCGUCGAGACCAAGCGUGGUGCCGACGCCCUAGAGGACUUCCUAUUGCGCAACCGCUUCGAAUGCUCCAGUAUCCAUGGAGACCGUUCGCAAAGAGAAAGAGAAGACGCGCUCAAGGCCUUCCGAUCCGGCCGCGCGCCCAUCUUGGUGGCCACCGCUGUGGCUGCGCGUGGGUUGGAUAUCCCCAAUGUCACGCACGUGGUGAACUACGACUUGCCGACCGACAUUGACGAGUAUGUCCACCGUAUCGGACGUACCGGCCGUGUCGGUAACCUGGGUGUCGCCACCUCUCUCUUCACCGAGAAGAACCGCAACAUCGCAGGCCGCCUAGUCGAGCUACUCAGCGAAGCCAACCAGGAAGUACCCACAUGGAUGGAACAGAUGGCCCGAGGCUCGGGCCGCAGCUACGGAGGGGGUCGUGGCGGUCGAUCCACCAACAAGGAUUUCCGAUCGGACUUUGACAAUUCCAGCCGUAACACCGGUGGAGGGGGUGGUCGCUCGGGUGGGGGUGGCGGCCGCUCGGGUGGUGGUAACAAGGGCAACUUCGGGGGGGGUGGUGACCCCUGGGGCUCGGGUGGUGGCUCGUAUGGCGGCAACUACGGUGGUGGAGGGUCUGACCAGUGGUGGUAGGAGGCCGGUCUUGGCUGAGUGUUGCCGUGUAAAUUAGAAAUUAGGUGGUUGGGAGAUAUUGGCCUAGAAGCGAGGCAGGUGGUUGUAUGGGGGUUUUAUGAAGCCUUUAAUCGGUGGCUGGUUAGGUCUAGAACCUACAGACGCUAUACUUCUACUGCCUGUGGUGUGGGUUGUAUGGUGGUGUGCUUUUGUCACGCUGAAGUAUUAUAUCUUCUAAAUACACACCCCCGGCCUUCGUUGGGAUCCACGGCAUCCCGGAACAUCAUGUUCCGUUCUUUAUAUUAUGUACACAGGGUCUGUGAACCAACGUGCACGUCAGUCUAUCUCUGGAUUGGCAUGGUGCAUGUUUGUAUGGUGGUAUGGACCUCAUUUUACACACACCUCUGUUUCAUACUGUAAGACGAAACGGUCGCGUAUUUGGAGAGGUUUGUGCUAUAUAUUAAAUCAGAUCACAACUAUGAAACUCCGAACCGAUGAGCCGCAACUACAAUAAGCAUCACGACUGUGAUCAACGAAAUCCGUGUUACGUAUCUUGACGAUCGCCUUUGCAAACGUAGAGAGUGUCUUGUGGACCAUGACACCGACAAUCUAUGCAGAGCGAAGGAGAGAAGUCGUAAUAUUGAAUUUGGUCUUUUGGGCGCAGUUUCUCAGUUUGGGAGGAUCCAUUACAGUUCUCAUUGGCAUGUCAUGACAAUCGAAAUGGACACUCGCAACGGGGAUGGGCAUACUGAGGUUGCCAGGAUUAGAAACUGAGAGGGGAGCACCGUUUGUACACAUGCAUACAUAUGCGCGCUAGUGCAGUCGCACAAGGGCACGCACGGUGGUUCCUACAGGUGGUUUUGGAUUGGGAAGCAAAUAUUAAUAGAUUAGGCUCGGAUAUCAGCACAGUCCAUCGGAUAGGCUAGAAGAAUUUUCGCAGCGAUACUAGACUCGACGCGGAGAUUAAGCGCUGAAUUGAAUAAAUUGUAAACUGAAUCUGUA